GAUCUAUAAAAUUACAUGACCAACGUACCAGCUGAGUCAAUUGUGGUAAAAGCGCCAGCUAUGGAUUUCAAUCAAACUGCUUUUACAUUUUAUUGGACGCCAGUGAUUGAAGAUAAAGAAAAAGCUGUGCAACCAAUUCUUUUACAAAAACCACAUGAAAUCUAUGCAAAUGAUCAAUUCAGCACACAUUGUAGGAAUGUUGAAGUUGUGUUUAGUAUGACAAGUGCGGAAGCACUGUCAGUUCUUGAUCCAUAUCAUCCUUAUGCAUGGAUUGAUGCAUUGAAAACGAGUUCGUUCAUUAAAUUGCCAUAUCAUGGACUUACGUUGGCACAAGACACAACGGAGUACCAAGCAAUGCAAGCCAAAAUCAAGAAAUUCUACUUGGAUGAUGGAGAAAUUGAACAGACACCGGAACGUCUCAAUCAAUUCAUUCAAUUGUAUACAGACACCAAUUUUAUGGUUCCUUUCUAUGAGACAGUGGGAUUGCAUUCGCGAGUGGCAAACACAUACUGCUAUUAUUUUGACAUUAGCUUGAAUACAAACUUUGUUAAAUUAACUAGAAGUUUAACUGCCAUCGAAGGCAUGGGACAUCUCGAAGAUACUGCAUAUUUAUUCAAAAUAAAUGACGUUACGUAUGGCUAUCGUUACUUGUACGAUCAAACGUUGGCAGAUCGAAGCAAUGAAAUCUAGAAUGAAAUAAAUCGAAAGACGAUUUGUGCUUGGAAGUUCGUUACCAAACUAUUUACUGACUUUGCGAGGAAAGGUUUGGUGAAACACGGUAAUCCGGUAAAAUCAUUAAAUAACGCAAAAUGCGUUAAUAUUACAAAUGAUGGCUUGCGAUCGAUCACUCGACCAAAAAGGAAAGCAUUGAAAUUUUGGACUAAGAUUAAGAAAUGUCUUCCGCCAUACAUUUUUGGCGAAUUUUAAAAACACAAAAAGAAAAGAGAAAAAAAACACAAAUGUUAUCCAAGUAAGAAGUACGUGGAAUUAAAUAUGGAAUUCGAAAGAAAAACACAUAAAAUGAGCUCAAUACAAAUAUUUAAUAUUUCAUAUCCAUAUAAUCAUUUAAACAUGCUUAGACCUAAAAAGUAAAUAAUAAAAAAAAAACUACAGAAUGUA